AUGAGGCGACUUUGCGUGUUUCCUGCAGACAGCGGGUCGUCUUUGCGUCCUCACAGAGACUUAGUGCUGAUCAUUUACUGCAACUCCUUCAGACAAAACUCAGGGCUGACACGCAGUCAAGAACCAGGAGACCCAGGAGAACCAGGACAACCAGGUGACCCAGGAAACCCAGGUGACCCAGGUGACCCAGGAGACCCAGGAGAACCAGGUGACCCAGGAGAACCAGGAGAACCAGGUGACCCAGGAGAACCAGGUAAGCCAGGAAACCCAGGUGACCCAGGAGAACCAGCCCAGGAAACCCAGGUGACCCAGGAGAACCAGGUGACCCAGGAGACCCAGGAGAACCAGGUGACCCAGGAGAACCAGGUGACCCAGGAGACCCAGGAGAACCAGGUGACCCAGGAGAACCAGGAGAACCAGGACAACCAGGUGACCCAGGAAACCCAGGUGACCCAGGUGACCCAGGAGACCCAGGAGAACCAGGUGACCCAGGAGAACCAGGAGAACCAGGUGACCCAGGAGAACCAGGUAAGCCCAGGAAACCCAGGUGACCCAGGAGAACCAGGUGACCCAGGAGAACCAGGAGAACCAGGUGACCCAGGAGAACCAGGAGAACCAGGUGACCCAGGAGAACCAGGUAGCCCAGGAAACCCAGGUGACCCAGGAGAACCAGGUGACCCAGGAGACCCAGGAGAACCAGGUGACCCAGGAGAACCAGGUGACCCAGGAGACCCAGGAGAACCAGGUGACCCAGGAGAACCAGGAGAACCAGGACAACGAAACCCAGGUGACCCAGGAGAACCAGGUGACCCAGGAGACCCAGGAGAACCAGGUGACCCAGGAGAACCAGGUGACCCAGGAGACCCAGGAGAACCAGGUGACCCAGGAGAACCAGGAGACCCAGGAGAACCAGGUGACCCAGGAGAACCAGGAGAACCAGGUGACCCAGGAGAACCAGGUGACCCAGGAGACCCAGGAGAACCAGGUGACCCAGGAGAACCAGGAGAACCAGGUGAUCCAGGAGAACCAGGUGACCCAGGAGAACUAGGUGACCCAGGAGAACUAGUUGACCCGGAGCCGUUCCAAACAGAACAGGAGUCUGUCCGUGUCCCCCCCCCCCCCCCGAAGCUUUUUAUCGGCAGUGUCUGCAACGAAACCCGACGCCCCGCCCCCCCAGACCCGGAAACCCAACGAGAGAACAGAACGAGUCGUGGCAGCUGA